AGGGUCUUACGCCGGUCGAGGAGAAGCUUAUCGCGUUAAACUCGUGCUGCAGCUUCAUCACCAAGUAUAGCAUUCCACAGGGACCCCGGCAAGGUGCGAGAUAACCGAGGCAUUCCAAGGGGCAUAUCACCAAUAAUGUGCAGGAGCUCGCAGCAAAAGUCCUGCCGCACCCGCUACUCAAGCUCAUGGAUGAUAUCCAUGUGUCAUGGCAGGGCCCGGAGAAACCAGCGCCAAGUGAUCUCUCGACAUUACUGUCGGUGCGGCGCCGUGUUGUUGAGAGGGCGCUGCGGUGGCUAAAGAGGCACAAUUCCCUAUACGCCAACGAGCGCGGGGCGCUCCACAUCCACGGACUCCUCAGGCUCCAGGGAAAUAUGCACAUCAGCUCCACCCUUGGAGAUGUUGCGGGGGAGGAUCAGGCGGAGUACCGGGAAAGUGUCAUCUGGUACGUUGGCAGCACCAACUGAAAAAAAAAAAAAAUCAAGACCGCAAAAAGGGGGCUCCUAUUUCAAAGUCAAUUAACAGCACCAAAAAAAAAAACCCAACAAUUGUAAUUUAUAUGCAAAUUGAUGGGCAGCCGUUUUCCCCUCGCCUUUUAUUAUCAGCGAAAGGAUCCGUGCUUUUUGGGCGUGUUAUACUGCUUUGGCAUAUUGCAAUUGAAUUGACCGAGUUUGUUUUGAUGUUUUUUGAUAUAGAGUUUGGGUGGGGAAAAGCAU